GGGAGGGCUUAGUCCGGUGAGAAAACAUCAAGUGCUCGCCGUUGUCCCCGCUGAGCUCAGCGUCGCGCCCGUUGUUGUCAAACAGUUUCCUCGACGCGAUUAUCGAUCACCUCCGCUCAGAAGGAACCAGAAGGACUUCGCGGGAAAAACGCGGUUUCGUUCCCAGUUUUCGGCGAAGAGGCCACAGACGAAAGAGCGCUCCAACUUCCUGGUUCGCCACAGGAUGUCGGUCACCCCUCGACGCGUGCGCCUGAAGCCGUGGCUGGUCGCGCAGGUGGACAGCGGCCGAUACGCGGGUCUGGUGUGGAUGGACCGCGAGGCCAAGCGCUUCCAGAUCCCGUGGAAACACGCCACACGUCACACGCCGCAGCACGAGGACGAAGACACCAUAUUCAAGGCGUGGGCUGUGGAGACCGGGAAGUUCCAGGAGGGGUCCGACGAACCCGAUCCCGCAAAGUGGAAAGCUCAGCUCCGAUGCGCCCUCAACAAGAGCCGGGAGUUCAACCUCGUCUACGACGGCACCAAGGAGGUUCCCAUGAACCCGCUGAAGAUCUACGACGUCUGCGACAUCCCGCAGCCCUUCAGCAACCAAGGCUCCUCGGACGCCGGCUCCUGGACUCCGCCCGAGGAAGAUGGCGGCGAGGAGGAUGUUCCAAACACGCCAGAGUCCCUCCCUCCGUAUCCAAGCAACGGCGCCAGUCCCUCCCCCCUCAUCAUGUGGUCGCCCACUGGCUCGGAGUCGUCCCUGCAGCCCUCGAGCUGCCCCCCUUCUAACGAGGUGUGGCCCAAGGAGGAGCCGGCGGACAUCUGGACCAAAGAGGAGCCAGUCGAUGUGGAGAUGCAGCCCACGCCCCUGCCGGACAUGCCCCCUCCCCCUCUGCCCGACCAAAGCAUGCAGCCGCCGCCUCUGCCCGAUGCCAUGUUCGCAUCCCCAGAAAUGUGGAUCAGUUCCCUCCCAAUGACAGACCUGGAGGUCCAGUUCCUGUACAGAGGCAAGGAAAUGUGUCCCACAGUGACUGUGAGUAACCCACAGGGCUGCAGGCUUUUCUACGGGGACCUCGGCCCCAUGGUCAACCAGGAAGAGCUGUUCGGCCCCGUCAGCCUGGAGCAGCUGCGCUUCCCGACCACGGAGCACAUCACCAACGACAAGCAAAGGGUGUUCACCAACCGGCUGCUGGACGUCAUGGACCGAGGCCUGAUUCUGGAGGUCAACGGCCAUGACAUCUACGCCAUCCGGCUCUGUCAGUGUAAGGUGUACUGGUCGGGCCCCUGCGCUCCGAACCCGGCCGCCCCGAACCUCAUCGAGCGGCAGAGGAAGGUCAAGCUCUUCUGUCUGGAGUCUUUCCUCAGUGGCGUGAUCGCGCACCAGCGCGGCCAGACGGCGGAGCCCCCCCAGUUCGACAUCAACCUGUGCUUCGGAGAGGAGUGGCCCGAUGGGAAGCCCCGGGAGAGGAAGCUCAUCACGGUUCAGGUGAUCCCCGUGGUGGCCCGCAUGAUCAGCGAGAUGUUCACCGGGGACAACAUGCGCUCCUUCGACAGCGGCAGCGUCCGCCUGCAGAUCUCCAUCCCCGACAUCAAGGACAACAUCGUGACCCACCUGAAGCAGCUGUACUGUCUGCUGCAGACCCACCAGGGCCAGGACGGCUGGGCCUUGCCCCCAGGCACCGGCCUCAACAUCAGCCAGGCCCUCCAGACACAAUGAAGGCGUGUGUGUGUGUGUGUGUGUGUGUGUGUGUGUGUGUGUGUGUGUGUGUGUGUGUGUGUGUGUGUGUGUGUGUGUGUGUGUGUGUGUGUGUGUGUGUGUGUGUGUGUGUGUGUGUGUGUGUGUGUGUGUGUGUGUGUGUGUGUGUGUGUGUGUGUGUGUGUGUGUGUGUGUGUGUGUGUGUGUGUGUGUGUGUGUGUGUGUGUGUGUGUGUGUGUGUGUGUGUGUGUGUGUGUUUCUAGCUUUUUCCUAGCGAGCAUGCCCUAGAAACCUCACUCUAGCAUUAGUCUGUGACUGUGGAGGAACCCUGCACAGAUGUAGUGGCUCCAUGGGCCAAAGUCCUGCCCGCUUCAAAGAAACAUUUAAAAUUGUUAAUGAGUUACAGAAAGUGCGCUGCGCUGUAUUUGUCCAAAAUGGAUCAGUAACUACAAACGUUCCUGUUCAUUCUGAAAAAGCUUUUUAUCUUUUGAUGUUUUAUUUUGAAGUUAUGUUUGCCAAUAAAUUUAUACCCUUUAGAAGAAUAUAGGCAAAUGUGAAUUAAAGAAUGUGCAUAUAGAUAUAUAUUUUUUUCUUUGCCAUUCUUGUGUGAAUUCCUGAUUUUAUUUUUUUUUCCUGUGUGCACAUAAUUAAAUGAUGGAGACUAAGCCUGGUCUUUUGACAGAAGUAUCUAUUUGCUGGUCAUUUAGUUGUCAGUUUUGUCUUCAGCCAUUUAAUUUUUCCACUUAUUAUUUGAUGUGUUUCGUUUUCAUAUUAAACCCUUGAAGCCGUUUGUUGUAUCCAGGCAUUAAUUCAAAUCUAUGUGGCUUGAAUCCUCUGCACUUUGGGAUGCUGAAUUGUUUCAUUGCUUAUUUAGUGUCUGCCUUCAUCCCAACUGUAUCUGUAUUUUAUCAAUAAAACUGCCAAAAAUCAUUAAAGUUUGUUUAAACUUUA